AUGACUGCGUACAUGGAAGCAACAACCAACGGGGACUCGGUAGUCAAGACAGCUCCUCCACCCGAUGGCGAAAUCCCCAAGGUCGACAAAAAGAAUACACCUGUAUCAGAACUCAAGAAUCUCACAAAUGGCCACCACGAUGAAACCUUCGACCCUUUCAAACUGGCCUCAGAAUUCGCUUUCACGCCCCGCAAGAUCAAAGUCAUAACAAUCGGAGCUGGCUUCUCAGGACUUCUCAUGGCGCAUAAAUUCCAACAUCGUUUUCCCGAGAUGAGAGAUAUUGUCGAACACAAACUCUUCGAAGCUCAUCAUGAAGUUGGCGGGACUUGGCUUGUCAACAACUAUCCUGGUGUUCAAUGUGAUGUGCCAGCUCAUAUUUAUGCUUUUCCAUUCGAUCCGAAUCCAGAAUGGACGAGAUUUUAUGCUAGUGGUGCUGAGAUUUUGGAGUAUUUCAAGAAAACUGUGAGGAAGUGGAAUUUGGAUCGAGAUUUGGAACUUUGUACGAAGGUUGUGGGGGCGAAGUGGCAUGAAGACGAGGGAAUGUGGUGUGUGGAGGUUGAGAAUACGAGGACUUUGGCGAAGAGAGAAGAGUGGUGUCAUGUUUUGAUUUCUGGGCAGGGAGUGCUUGUACACGAAAACUGGCCCAAAAUCCCCGGCUUCGAAAAUUUCAAAGGACACAUCACACACUCCGCCCGCUGGGACCACAGCUUCGACUACUCCAACAAACGCAUCGCAGUAAUCGGAAACGGCUCCUCCGGCAUUCAAAUCGUCCCCCAAAUGGCCAAACUCCCCGGCACAACAGUCAAGAACUUCAUCCGAAGUGGAGCUUGGGUCUAUUACCGCGCACCACCUUCACAACACAUGGGACGAUCAGUCGAAGAUCCUAAUCCAGCAUAUACAGACGACGAGAAGAAAUCUUUUCGAGAUCCGGAGAAACAUCAAGCGUAUCGAAAAGGUAUUGUGUCGCGGACGAAUAAGUCGUUUUAUAUUUUUCAGAGGGGAGAGAAUAAUCGAAAGGGUAUGGAAGCUGCUGCUGCACAGAUGUCGCAGAAACUUGGGCAUGAUAAGAGGCUUUGUGAGAUGUUGAUUCCGAAGUGGGAGUUGGGUUGUAGGAGGAUUACGCCGGGGCCUGGGUAUCUUGAGUCGUUCCUGAGAGAUAAUUGUGACUGUAUGAAUAGUCCGAUUGUGGAGGUGACCGAGGGUGGGAUCAAAACUCAAGAUGGAGAGGUCUUUGAGUGUGAUGUUCUUAUAUGCGCCACAGGAUUCGACGUCUCACAUCGACCACGAUAUCCCUUCAUCGGCCAAAAUGGCGUAAACCUACGAGAGAAAUGGGCCGGAGACCCAGAGUCCUACCUCUCAGUAAUGACGCCCGACUUUCCUAACUACUUCAUGAUGAUGGGUCCCAACUGCCUCGGCGGCCACGGCUCCCUCGUCGAAUCCCUAAACUGGACAGGCGACUACAUCACCAAAUGGAUCAAAAAACUCUCAACAGAAGACAUAAAAUCCCUCGUCCCCAAACGUUCCAAAGUCGAAGCUUUCAUGCGCUACCAAGAUCAAGUCCACAAAACGCUCGUCUGGUCUGGAGGCUGUUCGUCAUGGUAUAAACGCGGUCGCAUAGAUGGGAGAGUGACAGCGUUAUUUGGUGGUUCGGCGCAUCUGUUCAAUAGAUUGCUGUCGGAUAUCAGAGGAGAGGACUUUGAUAUCACUUAUAGAACGGAGAAUCCUUGGCGAUUGAUGGGCAAUGGGUUUACCGAAUUUGAGAUGAAGGAGGGGUCGGAUUUGGCGUGGUAUGUGGAGGUCGCGGAGGAGGCGCAGGGGAAGGGGCCGAAGGUGGGUGGGGAGAAGUGA